AGUUCAUAUUCUUCCGCCUUAGUAACUGACAGGGUUCAGACAGGAGACCAUUAGGGCACGCCUGUCUCGGUUGAGUCAGCUCCUGUAUUUAUUGAGUCGGCACUACAUUAGUUUGCGCUUUCUGCGUUACUCUCCUAGGCCACUACAACUCCAGGCUUCGCAUAACGGGCGAUCCCUGCUCGCAUGUCGCUGCUUGAUCAUGCCGCCUUUUCAAGAAGUCGAUAGCUUCUGCGUCGAACCGGGGACCGCCAGUAGCUAUGCCGAACACGCAGUACCGCCUGCGGCAGCCGACGCGGUACGGGAAGCAGCCGGCGGUGCCGUCGGAGUUCGUGUGUCCGCUGUCGCUGCAGCUGCUCACGGACCCGGUCAUCACGGCGUCGGGGCUCACCUUCGAGCGCGCCGUCAUCCAGAAGUGGUACCGCGACGGCAACCGGAUAUGCCCCGUCACCGGAUCGCGCCUCGACCACUACCGCCUGUUUCCGAACCAGGCGGUGCGGCAGCUGAUCGCGCAGUGGUGCGACGCCAACGCCGUGCCGUACGCGCCGGGCGUGCUGUGCGUGCGCGUCGACCCGCAGGCGCAGCAGGGCGGGUCAGCGACGGGUAGCUUUAGGGGUCAGUCCGUAGGGCCCGGUGACGGCGGCUCUGGCCGGCAACCCCUCGCGAACGGCGUGUAUCAGCAGCAGCAAUCCCGAUCGCAGCAGCAGCAGCAGCCCAUUCGCCAGUACCGCGCGCAAGAGGCGGAGCUGCUCUCUCCGCGCAGCGGGCGCGACAGCAAUCACAGCUCCCCGGGCGCGCACUCCGCGUCUGCCGGCCUCCCUCCCCCCGGCCCGUUUAUCUCGCAUUCGCAGCGCCCCAUCACUCCCCCCGGCACUCCGCCCAAAAGCCCGCGCUCUGCAGCCCCUUUUUCUGCGCAGACGCGCACGCUCCCCGGCGCCUUUCAGCGGCCGCGGACUCCGCCAUCGGGGGCGGAGGAGCGGCCGUUCACUCCCCCCGGCGGGGAAAAUGUUCCCCGCAACUUCUCUUCCGCUUCCCUUUCUGUUUCAAGAUCGGUCUCCAGCGGCGGGCCCGUGCAGAGGGUACCGUCGGGGAGUGGCGCACAGGGGCCGCGGGGAUCCCCUGCUGGCGCAAUGGUUCCGCGCACAGCCUCAGGGGGGGGAGCGGUCCUGCGAGUGGUGUUGGGCGGGGGGGUGCCGCGCGUUUCUUCCGCCGACAGCCCCCGCGCCCGCAUUUCCUCGGCGGAACGGAUAGGUUCCAGCCCCCUGUCGGGGGACGAGCUGGGGGCAGCAGGCGCGCGGAGACAAGCAGGAGCGCCCCCCAAUGGCGCAGGACCUCCCCAAAGGCGGCAGGCGCCGGGGCCGAGGCAUAGGGGGAGCCAGUCGCAGGUGCUGCGGGUGCUGCGGCAGGACGGCGCGGGGGAUGGCACGUCGUCGGGCCUCGCGCGCUCGCACUCGUUGCAGCCCAAGGCGGACGAUAUCGAGUCGCUUCUUAACGCGUUAGAGGACGACGACUCGGACGGCUACGAGUCCGCCCAGUCCGACGCGCUUUGGCGCGCCAACGAGCCGCUCCCCGUGCCCCGCGUCGCCAGCCUCGGCGGAAGGGGAACUGCGCGGGGGCCCAGCGCGGGGAGAGGGGGGAUUGGAAUGGGCAGGGGAGGGCGGGGAGGGAGAGGGGCGAUGGCGGAUGGUGUAGGGCGGUCGGACAGCUUAGAGCGCGGAGUGAUGCGCGCGAAGCAGCAGGGGCACGCGGGCCUGCAGGUAGAGGGGUCGCUCAGGCCGCUCAACGGGCGCAACGGCAUUCCGCCCAGUAGAAAACCCGCGCAGGGGGGUGGCGGCGGGUCAGGGGGCGCAAGGGGGAGCGGCGAGAGCGGUUUGCUGCGCACGUCGUCGCUGCAGUCGCAGGGGGUGCUGUCCGCCAGCCUGGGCAGCCUGGGCCUCGACGCCGCGCGGGACUCCUUCAGGGGCGCCGUCGACGACCUCGUUGCGCGCAGAGGCGCUGGCGGAGCGGGCGCAGGGGGCCGUGGGGAGGGGGGGCAGUCGCGGUUCGCGGGGGAGAGUGGGGGGGAGUCGUCGUCGGAGCGGGAGACGCGGAGGGGCGCCACUGGCAGGCCGGGGGGCGGCAUCCCCCCCGGUGCGCGGCUGCUGGCAGCGGGGCGCGCGAGCCAGUCGUUCAGGGACCGGGCGAGCAGCGACGGCAGCGACAGCGACCUCAAGGCCGCGCUCUUCGGCGCCGUCCGCAGCUCCAGCGCUGGCAGCCACCCGGGGGGGGGCGUGGGGUGUGCAGGGGGCCCUGCUGCCGGGGGGGUGGUGGGGGGCCAGGGGGAGGGGGUGCAGGGGCAGGGGGUGCAGCAGCGAACGGGCGGGCGAAGGCGUUGCGCAGCAGCGGCGGUGUGGGCAUGCGGUCGGCGUCGUUCCGCAUGGGGCGAGAGCUGUCCAUCGACGUGCCGGGCGCUGCCAUGGCAGGGGGGGGGCAGCGGGAGGAGGGGGGCCUCGGGUGACGGGCAGUGGCAGUCUGCGCAGCCCCAUGGGAUCGUCCUCCAUGCGCGUGACUCGCGACGGCGCCAUGGGCAGCCGGGAGGCCGCCAUAGAGGCGGCUCUGCGCGCCACCGCCACGCCUCGCAGCCCCGUGGGGCGGUCGUCGUCGUCGUCGCUGCAGUCCAGCCGCGAGUUCCCCCUGCACGGCACCGCCGCCAGCAGCAGCGCCUCCAUGGUGCCCUCGGGGGAGUGGGGCGCUGCAGGUGCCCCGCGCAGCCCCGGCGGUGCAGCGGUGCCGGGCAGCAGGGAGUUGGCGGUGCCAGGCAGCAGGGAGUUGGCGGUGCCUCGCAGCGGCAGCAGGGAGUUGGCCGUCCACGCCAACGGCCCUCCUCUGGCCGACAGCCCCACCACCAGGCACACUGCCCCCGCGCCCUCUGCCCGCCAACCCCCCCCGCCCCUGGCCCUGCGCCGCGACCUCUCCAUGGACACCUGGGCGCUCGCCUCCCACCUCCCCGCCUCCGGCCCCCUCGCCUCUGCCCCCGUCUCCUCCGCGCCCCUCUCCCCCAUCCAUUCGGGGGGUCUCAGCGGUGGCGGCGGGAUGGCAGCGUGGAGGGAGGGGGGGAUGCGGGCAGCGGCAGUGAGGGGCGCGAGGACGCGGGGGGGAGGGGGCGGGGACAGGAGCAGGGGCAGGGGCAGCAAGGAGCAGGCAUGAAGGGGGGGGGGGGGGGAGGCAGGAGUCCGCCCAUGCUGCAGCGCAGCCUGGGGCGGCGCGUGGUGGAGGAGGGCGCGCUGCUGCGGUCGGGGUCCAUCCAAUCCGUGCAGUCCGUGGGGCAGCAGGGCGGGGGGGCGCACGGCUACGCGAAUGACAGCGCCAGUGACGCUGACGACCCCUUCCUCUCCGCCCUCUCCAGCGCCAGGCGCGACCAGCAGCAGCAGCGCAUGGGGCGGACUGAGGGGGGAAUGCGAGGGGGAGAGGAUGGGGGGCUAGGGGGGAAGAUGGGAGGGGGGAGGGAGAGGAACCACCACAGGGGGUCGUCGAGCUUAGCUCAGUCAGAGGGGGAGGGGCGCACGGGGAGUGACUGGGAGAGUGACGAGUCGUCGGUGCGGCACAGGAGGGCGGCGGGGGCGGGGCCUGCCGGGUCACGUUUGGGCCACAGGGACGCAGGGGGGGCAGCGGCAGCAGCAGCGGCAGGCACGAGCUCGGGUCGCAACGUGGCAGGUGGGCACCCAGGGAGGCGGCAUCUGCACCGGGGUUCGUCGCAGACGGACCAUCGCGGGCUGGGCCGGGCGGCAGAGAGGGCGCUGCAGGGCACGCUGGUGGACCGGGGGGGGGCGCCUGUAGUGGCAGGCAUGACCCUGCCAGGGGGGUCAGAUGGACGGCAGGGGCUGCGACGCGCGUCCUCAUUGGCUGUGGUGGGCGGCAGCGGGCGGCAGCAGGGCAUGGGGGGGAUGGAUGGCAAUGGGGAGAUGGAGGGGUUUCACGAGGUGUUGAGAGAGAUGAAGGCCGACACGGGGGCACUGGGGGGGAGAGCAGCCCCCAUGAGCAGAGGCGACCUGGCAGUAGCAGCAGAACUGUCCUUAUCGCAUCGGAGAGGGGGGUCGGUGGCGGUGCAGAGCAGGAGCAGCAGCAGCAUGAGCAUGGGCGGCAGCAUGGCAGGCGCUGGCCAGUGGGACGUGGGGGAGGGGCGUGUGGACUCCAGGCGGAUGAGUGGCGGCAGCGGUGGAGGGCCGUCCUCGCGGCGCUCCGACUUCUCCCUGCCGCCCGACGCCACGGCGCUGCUGGACGAGCUGGAUGGCCCCGAGGGCAGCGAGGCGGACGAGGGGGACCCCACUUGUGGGAGCUUCUUUGGGGGGAGCGACAGCAGCGAGCACCACGUGCACCCGACGCAGCACAGCCUUGAGCGGCAUGCGCUGGAGCAGCAGGAGGACGAGCACGAGCAGCAGCACGCGCACCCACACCAGCAUGCGCAUCAGCACCACCCACAGCACCACGGGCAGCAUGAGGCGCAGCAGCAGCGCGUGGGCAGGGUGGGCGGCACCUUUGCAUGGCUGCGAGAGGCCCUCAGAAGCCCCCUCAAGAGCCCCAAGCCCGCCCCCCCUCCCCUGGACCCCCACGCCCCCCCCUUGAGCCCGCGCUCUGCCCACCCCGCCUUGCCUGGCUGGGGGGGAGGGUCGCGGCCUGCCACGCCCCCCUCGGCGUCUGGCGUGUAUGGCAAGAGCGCCACUGUGCCCGCGCCCGAGAAGAGGAGCCUGUGGGGGGAGGCCAGGCGCGCAGUGGGGCUGGGGGAGGGCGGAGGGGGGGACGGGGGGAAGGGGGAGGAGUUCAGGCGGUCGUCCUCAGAGCAGAGGGGGCAGGGGGGGGCGGAACUGAGGCAGUGGACACGGGAGGGGGGAGCAGAGUUGGAUGGGAGGGGCGGAGGGGGGCGGUCUGGGGCGGUUGGGCGAGGGGGGCGCGGGCAGCAGGGGCAGCAGGGGAGAGGGGUGGCGGUGGCGGCAAGGGACUUGGGCGAGGGGAGGAAUGGGAGUCCGGGGAGUAGCAUGCACGAGGGGGGAAGAGAAGGGGGGAGGGGAGGAGGUGGACGGGGGCUGGGAGGAGGAGCAGGCAGAGGAGGGGGGCGAGGAGGGGAGGGGGUUGCAGAAGGGGGAGUGGGGGGUGGGCGGGGGAGGGGAUGGGCCAAGGUGCGGGCGGUGUUUCCCCUGCAAGGGGAGGGCAGGGGUCAAGGGGGAGGGGCAGGGGGCAGAGGGCCGGGCAGAGGAAUGGGUGAGGGGGGGAGGGGAGAGUUGGGAAGGGGAGGUGGGGGAAGAGCAGGACCAGGCCCGGGGUUGAGACAGGGGGGAGCAGGAGGAGCAGCGGGGGGUAGAGAAGGUGGAGACUCGGGUCGACUGUCUCUUGAGCGCACGUCGUCCCUCUCCUCCAACCACCACGCGACCGCCAUGGCUGCCGGUGCAGGGGACCUCGACAGGGACGUGGACGGCCCCGCCCAUCCUCUCUCUGCACUUGCGGCAGCAGCGGCAGCCUCCCCCCCCGACAUGGUGCCUUUGGUGCGUGCGGUGGCGCACGGCGCUGACCCCGACCGCCUGGAGGCGGUGGCGGCCAUCCGGGCGCUGGUGAAGGGCAGCCGUGAGAACAAGGCGCGGCUGAUUGCGGCUGGGGGCGUGCCGGCGCUGGUGCGCGUGCUGCGGCACCCGCACCCCACGGUGAAGGAGCACGCCGUCACCGCCAUCCUCAACCUCUCGCUCGUGCCGGGCGCACCCGCCAUCAUCGCGUCCGUGGGCGGCAUCGACGCCGUGGCCGCCGUGCUGCAGUCGGGCUCGCAGGUCGCCAGAGAGAAUGCGGCGGCGGCGCUGUUUGCGCUGUCAGUGGAUGACGGCAACCAGUGCCUUGUGCGGCGCGCGGGCGCCGUGCUGCCCCUCGUGGACGUGCUGCGGGCGGGCAGCACGCGCGGGCGCAAGGACGCGGCGCUGGUGCUGUUCAACCUGUCGCGCGACCAGCGCAGCCGCGCCGAGAUCGUGCAGGCGGGCGCGGUGGGCGUGCUGGUGGGCAUGCUGGGCAGCGCGGAGGGCGGGCUGGAGGAGAAGGCGAUGGCGGUGCUGGCGAACCUGUGCCGCAUGCCCGAGGGCUGCCAAGACGUGCUGGACAUGCCUGGCGCCAUCCCCACGCUGGUGCGCGUGGUGGGAGGGGGAUCGCAGCGCGCCAAGGAGGACGCGGUGAUGACGCUGCUGAUGCUAGCCAACAGCGACCCCACCAGCUGCCACGCCAUGCUGGCGGAGAGCAUGGUGCCCGCGCUGCAGCAGGUGGCGCACACGGGGUCCACGCGCUCCAAGGGCAAGGCCAGGGCGCUGCUGGACCUGCUCACGAGCCAGGCGCAGAGGGGCCGUGCGGGCAGGGACAGGUGAUGGCCUCACGCGCUUCAAACAGGGACCUGCGGGGCUGCCAGGCAAGAGGGGCAGUGGGGGGCACCAAGGUGGUGGGGAAGGGGGUAGAGGGUGGGGGGGGGGAGGCGAGGGUGGCGGGUAACGGGGGAUGAUAGAGGUGAUUGUCAAGGACACGCAAACGUUGCAGUGUGAGGGCAAAGGUGUGAGAGCAUACUGAUGGAUGAGUGGGUGGGUGGCACCAUGGCACGCGUGGAGGCAGAGCAGGUUGCUGCUCACAGCCAUGCCACUGGUGGCGGCAUCUGGGGUGCUGUCAGCCAUGCAAGAGGAGCAUUGACCCGCUAACAGGAGCACCACCAUAUCAAUAAGCCCAUAUGGGUGCAUGGGUGGGUGUAUCGAUUGCUUGUGGUGAAGUGCCAGCCAUGCAUCCAUCCAGUGCUGCAGCUGCUGCACAUGCGGUGCUACCUCUGGUCUCAUAGGCUGCAUGCGAGGCCGCACAUGUGCGGCACUCGGGGUUCAAAUCAUAGGGCAGGCUAGACUGUUGCCUGCGAUGUGAUCUCCUGUUGCUAGCUCUUGAACAUCUGCCUGCGAGGAAAUUCCCUGACCACGUCACACCCUGACAGUCAAGCCUUCUGCAAAUGGCGUGUAUUGCAGCCAAUUUAGGAGGAUUCAGUGUGAUGGGUACGGAACCCCUAGGCUCAGUGUUCAGACAGAUUCUGCACCACCUGGUCAAGCUUGCCUCUUACUAGUUUGCCUUGUGCGGUAGCUGCACCAUAAAAUGUAGAGCUGCAUUUGUGGAAAGGCCUGAUGUAGGGUAGAUACUUGCAUCAACAUGCGGGACA